CGUCGCUGUGGUCGUCGCCAUUGGUAUCGGUUCGCAUUCUUCUCUUGUUGAUUUUCCGGUGCUUGUCUUUUUUACGGCUGGCUCGCAGGGCCUGACACCAACCCCCUACUUUCCGGAGGACCAUAGUGCACAGUUGAGCUUAGAGUCCUUCCCUGGCACUCGGACGUAGAUCAGCCGCCCCUAACAUGGGGAUCAGACGCUGUUGUGAGCCGCUCCUCCUGGAGAACAGACGCUCAGGUUUGCCGAAGCAAACCCCCCCUUCCCUGUCAGCCUACGACCAAAGUUCCCACCGGGGUUGGUUACCCGAUCUUCCCUAAGGUUGCUCAUAGUUUCCGGCCGGUACCGCGUGGAGGUAGGGAUAGGAGUUGCUGGGCAGAGGCUAGUGGAUCACAAUGGGAUCUGAAUUGCGCAGCAUACCCAGCCUUUACCGUGCCAUUUUGUCAUUAUCUGCUAACGAAAAAACAAAGCGUUGUUGCCGUACCUUCUUUGUUGCCUAUUUUUCGCUUGCGGUGCCAUAUUUUGCGUACACUGGAUGUAAAUAAUAAGAACACCAAGAAAUAAGGCAAUGAGUUAAAUCGCGAGUCAACUCAUGCAUGAUUUUUUCGGCGGUGAGUUUGGCGAGUCAAGAAUCGCGCGUGAAACAACUCUACCAUGAGAUUUGAGCAUUUGAGUUUUUACCAACAUUGAACCUACUCAUACUGAACGAUCGAAAAAUCCAACGCCCCGACAGACACGCACACCUUAAGUACCACUUGCAGUCCCUUCAUGAUCCUCUUUAGAUAACUGACACUGUCGAAACACGCACGUCCGUCAAAGGACAAGCAUUCACCCUCUUGCAAAGGUACAAAAACUCAUCAUAUAAUAAAGAAAAAAAUAGAGAAUUAUAUUUGCAGUAGGUUUGUAAUAACUUUAUACAGCCGAUUGUCAUUUGGAGUCAUAUAUGACUCCUUCGGCCCCAAAGGGUUAAAUAUUAUCAUUUCAAUGUAGGCUCGCGAGUAACACCACUAUCUUCAAAUCACUCGUAAUAAGAGAGCAAUUAUUUUGAAUAGCUCAAUCAAUACAAAAAUCUAAAAGUACAGCUGCUCCACCCAACUAAGGCGAUGUCUCCUUAGUAGCUAUGUGUUGCAUAUUCUUUUGCUUAUCAGUAAUCAUCGGCAUUCGGAGCAGUACCUAGUACAUCGUUUCACUUGCAACGUGCUCAAUAUAUUGACCGGCAAUGAUCGAAAUGAAAAUUCUAUUGUUGAUGUCACUGUUCAGCGUAUGCAUGACAGACACAUCCUGCGGUGUAUUACGAUCUACAGACGAGAAUGAGCCCGAAGUACUGAAGGAACCUUUCGGUGCUUGGCCUUGGCAUGCGGCUAUUCUCAGCAGUACCAACGAACUUGUAGCCAGUGGGUCGAUUUUAAGUGAAUGGUUUGUUUUGACGGUUGCUCACGUUACGUUCACCACUGGAACAGUCCAAAAGACACCAAAUGAUUUACUUAUAGCUAUGGGUAUCAAGGAGCUUGAUGAUCCACAAAAUUAUACACGGAAGUCUAAUGUUUCCAGUAUUAUUCGGUAUGGGGGCUACAGUCAUAGACAAGGAAUCAGUGAUCUAGCACUACUGAAGGCUUCUAAUGUAAUUGUGUUUAGCGUCCACAUUUCGCCGAUUUGCUUGUGGACAAAUAGUGAAGAGGCAGGUGCGGAAAUGCAACGCCUUCAAAUGUCGAUCGUCGGAUGGGGUCACAUAAACGGAAACAGUAAACAAAAAAUAAUGCUAAGUGAAGCGAAUGUAACCCUGGAUAACUUUGAAAAGUGUCAUGAUGAUCUUGAGGCUCCUAGUAGCACUAACUAUUGCUUCAAAAGUAUCGGAAAACAUAAUAUCUGCCUGGAAAGCGGUAUUGGUGGAAUAUACAUGAAACAUCGUGGAACUUGGUACCUGAAAGGAAUGACUACCACCAAAACAUUUCAGAAAAAAUCAGAUGCUUCUUGCGAACACCAUGAAAACUUACAAUACACAGAGUUAUCAAUGUAUCACAAAUGGAUUGAGAAACAUGCUUUGCCUUCGAAGCACAACCUUCUGGGAAUAGAGGACUGCGGCGUGGGAUUCUACACGGAUUCAACUAAGCAACUUAUGCCCCCACAACAGCCGUGGAUUGCACAAUUGGCUUACCUGUUCUGGGGCCGGUUCAACGUAACUGAUUGCCACGGAGUAUUGAUCCAUCCGGAGUUUGUGGUAACAUCUUCGAAAUGCACGGAAAGGCGCAACUACCGAGUCCUGCUCCACGUAAUACUAGGUGCCAGUGCAAUCGGUAAGGAUCCCUACGACACGAGUAGAAGCAAUAUUCAAGCCAUAGAAAUUUCUGAGCAUUUGUUUUCCAAAACCUCAAUGACAUUUGAACAUGGAUUCGAUAUAAAUGUUUUACGGUUGGCUCGCAGGGCUGAUAUUACAGAUAAUGUGAAACCCGUAUGCCUUCCGCCAAAAGUUGAAUCAACACCCUAUUACAAUAUGAUUGCAUGGAAUCGGAGAGAUGAACACCCCAAACAGCUCAAAUCUCCAUUGAUGCAGGCCGUUCCUUCCGAAGGGUGUCACUCAGCGUUUCUCAAACUGGGAAUCAAUUUCACCGCGGAGGAGUAUUUAUCUUGCUACGAACACUGCCAAAUAUCCAAUGCAACGCAGACCUGUGUACAAGAAAAGCCAAAAUCUUGCAUGGUGCCUGUUUCCGGCGGUCCACUGUUCUACACUAAACAUGACGGAGUUCAUACGUACACCUAUCUGGCUGGCAUCCGUUCCUUCGGGCCCGCCAGCUGUCAAGACAACAUCUACGAAGUAUUCAAUGACAUUAUCUCCUUCAGAGAAGAAAUCAAGGAAUUGGUAGUCUGGAAAGCAUGGUUCGAUGAAGACGAUGAUCAUGUGUUGCAUGACUUUGACGAUAUAUCCCAUACAGUACACUUCGAACUGGAUGAAGAAGGAAAUUUAGUGGAAGAAAACGGUCGUGAAAUUGUUGGAAAUGAUGAUGGUGAUACUAUAAUUCAAAGUAAUGGUGGUGGUAAACUGAGAAACUAAAGUAAGCAUCAUAUUCUCAUUAGUAAAAAUGUAACAAUCCGUGACUCGUUGCUUAGUGAUAACAUGUUCACUUCAUUAGUAGAUGGUCAUGGGUUCGAUCCCAGCAAUGCAAUUUUUCGUUAAUUGCUCUUCCCCCUAAGGGCAACUGACACUGACCCUCUUCUGAGCAUAUGCUCUAACGGGCCCGGAUAAUUGGUUAACGGCAAACGGCAACUCAUAAUGGACUCCCAAUCGGACUGGAAAAGAAACAAGAGCCACACAUCAACACCCCACAAUUCCAUUACUGAUUGGUUUUGUUUGAUUUUAUUAGGGUUUUAUUACAGCAAUAAAUAAAAAUCACAGUUUUAUGACUAUUUUUAUGAAAACCAUU